AUGAAUGCUUCAAUUAUCUAUGUGAUAACAUUGUCAAAUCAAAUUACAAAAAAUGACAACAACUAUUUUGUGGGUUUCUACUUUCCAGCUUCACCAAUUCAAGAUUACCUCCUCUCCUUUUUAAUAAAAAAAAUAUCUAACAAAAUACACAAAAAACUCUCAUAUGAUACUGAUACUGAUAAGGUCUCUCAAAGUGUCUCUGUUGUUCUCGUUCUCAAUGUUUCAUCUUUGUUGAAUGUACUGUUCUUUGUACUAUUGAAGUUCAAUUUCAUUCUCAAAUAUUUCCCACUCAUGGGAAAUUUAAAGUUCCCAGUUCCAGAAUCAGUGUCGUCAUUAUGUCGAUACUAA